UUUCAGUGAAACGUCGGAACUCGUUUUGUAGGGAAGCUAGAAGACGUUAGCUUAAAGUUUCUAUGGAAGCACUUGGAGCAUCGCUCGGAAUCACGCAAGCGUCCUCGUUGACGCGCUGGAGUGAAGCAACAGACCCCAUUCCUCUCACAUUCAAAGGCAUGCCACAGCCGGAAAGGGAACGAGAACAAGAAUCUCCGUUUCCGGUCUCUGACUAUCUCAACAGCAAGAUAGCUCUAUGGGAGGGCGAUGUGACCAAAUUAGAGGCGCAGGCAAUAGUGAACUCGACCAACGAAGCGUUGACUGACCGCAAUCCCAUUAGCGAACGUAUUCAUGAAAUGGCCGGUCCCGAACUGGCGGCUGAGUGUCGACAGCAACUGCAAGGAUGCAGGACCGGGGAAGCGAAAAUUUCUAAGGGAUACAGGCUGCCAGCAAGAUAUGUUAUUCACACUGUUGGACCUCGUUACAAUGAAAAGUAUCAGACUGCCGCGGAGAGCGCGCUGUUUAACUCGUACAGACGAACAUUGCAACUGAUGAGAGAGUACAAUUUGGAAACACUUGGAUUGUCUGUUAUAAAUUCUGCUCGCCGAGGUUAUCCACCAGAGGAGGGCUCUCACAUUGCUAUACGAACAGUAAGACGCUUUCUUGAGAAGCAUGGAGACAGCGUUGAUGUUAUUGUGUUUGUUGUGACAGCACAAGAUUUGGGUGUGUAUUCAUCUCAAUUGCCUCUUUACUUUCCAAGAACAGAGGAUGAGCAGCGAGUUGCUACUGGUCUUCUACCAGAAGACACCGGAAACGAAGAAGGAGAGCCAGUCAUUGCAGAGAGGAAAAUUAGGAUUGCGAACAACCCUUUAACAGGAGGUGAAGAUAUGAACGAAGGUGAUGACGAUGAUGCGAUUCCUAUUGGUGACAGAACUGAUGACCGGGACGUUCCAGUGAUAGACCAUCAUGUGGGAGAGCACUCAUUUGCUGUCAUGGAAGAUGACCAUGAUCAGAGACGUCGAGAGCAGUUGGAAACGAAACCUAGGGAAGAGAGCGAAGCAGCAGAACAUGCAAGACGGUAUCAACGCUGGUUGAAGAGAUCAAAGACUGAUGAUUUAUCUGACAUAGCACGUCUGAGAGUAAUUUAUCAGUCUGGAGUGGACUUCCUUGGUCGACCCGUCGUCAUGUUUAUUGGAAAGAACUUUCCAGCAUCAUCCAUAGACUUAGAUAAAGCUGUUGCUUAUUUCAUUGGCUACUUGGAUCCAAUUGUCAAUCGUGAUUAUGUCGUUGUGUACUUUCAUACGUUAACAACAGGCGACAACUUGCCAGAAUUUUCAACACUCAAAGCUUUAUACAACCUUGUAGACAACAAAUUCAGACGAAACUUAAAGUCGUUUUAUAUAGUUCAUCCCACAUUUUGGUCCAAGGUUGUUACCUGGUUUUUCACUACGUUUACUGCAUCCAGCAUCAAGGACAAAGUGCGUAGUGUUUCGGGAAUAGAGUUUCUGUAUGAUCACAUCAGCCCAGAUCAGUUGGAUAUUCCUCCGUUUGUCUUAGAACAUGAUCGACGGGUAAACGGUGAGGCGUAUCAUUUGCGUCCUACUAGAGAGAAUAUGGAAGAUGGAGCAACUUUGUAGGGGAUGAUGUGGUGCAUGGGUGUGGUUGAAUGUCAAAGUUGUCGCUUGUCAGAUUAACUGGUGACGUUUAGGUUUCUCUCUUUCAUUGCUUCUUUAUUUUCAUUAUAGUAGAUGGUGUACUGGAUAGACCUUAUCAAUUACAUGCAUUACUGCGGCAACAGA